AUGGAAGUGCGAUCUCACAACACAUAGCUUGAACACGAGCAACCACUCACCAUCAAGUCAACUUCAAUCUCAACCCUCACAAAACACACCACCACGAUGGAAUCCUCUCCCUCCUCCUCCUCCUCCUCCUCCAAACGCCCCCUCCUCUCCACUCUCAAACGCCGCGCCAACAACCUCCACGCCUCAACCCCCUACCUCCGCCGCCUCCCCGCCCCCGCCCUCUUCAUCGUCCUCCUCCUCAUCCUCACUCAACUCCUCGUCUGGACCUGUGUCGGCAUAGUCCUCUCCUUUCACCCUCUCCUCGUCUCCACCUCCAUCCUAUCCUACACCCUCGGUCUCCGCCACGCUCUCGACGCCGACCACAUCUCCGCCAUCGACCUCAUGACCCGGCGCCUCGUGGCAUCCGGCCAGAAACCCGUCACGGUCGGAACAUUCUUCUCCCUCGGGCACUCCACCAUCGUCAUCAUCACCUCCAUCGUCGUCGCCGCCUCCUCCGCCGCCAUCGAGUCCCGCUUCGGCGCCUUCGGCGAAGUCGGCUCCAUCAUCGGCUCCUCCAUCUCCGCCGCUUUCCUCCUCAUCCUCGGCGGGAUAAACAUCUACAUCCUCCACCGCCUCCUGAUCCACCUCCGCUCUGCCAUCGCCGCUCCUACCGGUCAGGACUUCGCCCUCGACAUCACCUUCACCGGCGGCACGGGGUGCAUGACCUCCCUCCUCCAACGUUGUUUCAACCUCAUCGACCGACCCUGGAAAAUGUACCCCCUCGGCGUCCUCUUCGGUCUCGGCUUCGACACAUCCUCUGAAAUCGCCCUCCUCGGAUUAUCUUCCAUCCAAGCCGCAAAGGGGACUUCCAUCUGGCUCAUCCUCAUUUUCCCCAUCCUCUUCACGUCGGGAAUGUGUCUCCUCGACACCCUCGACGGCGCGGCGAUGAUGUCCCUCUACACCUCUGCUCGACUAGCGAAAGACGCCAUCGCAGUGCUGUAUUACCAAUGCGUGUUGACGGGGAUUACAGUCGCGGUGGCGGUGGCGAUUGGUACACUCCAACUCCUCACGAUGAUUCGCAAUGUGAGGCCGGAGUGGGAAGGGGGGUUUUGGGAUGGAGUGGAUGUGGCGGGGGAACAUUAUGAUGUUAUUGGCGGUGCGAUUUGUGGGGCGUUUCUCGUGGGUGGGGUGCUGGCUGUGGGGAUUUAUCGGCCUUGGAGGAGGAGGGUGGAGAGGGAGAGGGAGAAGAGGGGGUUGGGGGGUGAGGAUGAGGCGGAGGGGGAGGGAGGGGAGGAUGGGGAGAGUGCGGUGGGGGGAAGGUGUGAGGGUGGAGGGCAUGGUGUGGUGGAGGAGGUGGUUGGGGGAACGAAGACUGCUGCUACUACUGCUGAGGAGGUAGCGGGUAAGAAAGGUGUGCGGACGGAGCGAGGAUUCACUGGUUUCUCGAACAGAGAGGAUUUCGACAUGCACUUCCAAGAGAGCGAGAGGAUCAUGUGGUUCCUCUCCACGUCUUACAUCAUGACUCUCGCAUGUCGUUUGUGA